GACAAUUAAACUUCGACAAGUAAGGGCGUCGUAUUUCUGCUUUUAUAAAAAUAAGAAAAUAAAAGAAACUUUAUACACAAGUCAUAUUUAUAAACUAAUCAGUUCCAUAAGGAUACAUUAUUGAAUAGAAAGCACAUUUAACCGGCUGAACGAUGGUGGAUUAUAGCAAAUGGAAAGAUAUUGAGAUUUCAGACGAUGAGGAUGAUACUCACCCAAACAUUGAUACACCAUCAUUAUUUAGAUGGCGUCAUCAAGCAAGGGUUGAAAGAAUGGAAGAAAGGAGACGUGAGCAAGAGGAGCAUCAGAGGAAAAAGACAGAAACUCGACAAAAAAUGAAAGAAACAGAGGAAAAAAUUAAAAAAUUAGAAAAUGAACAAAAGGAAGCAGAUUUAACCGAACUAAAAAAAAUUUUGCAAGAUCUUGAAAAAGAAGAUUUAAAGAUUAAAGAAAGGGAAGAGGAAAUAAAGAAAAAAGAGAAAUUAACACCUUGGAAUGUUGAUACUAUUGGACAAGAUGGUUUUACAAAAACAGUGAUUAAUAAGAGAUCACCACGUAAGGGAGAUGACAAUGGGUUGUCAGAUGAAGAGAAAGAAAAAAAAAUGAAAGAAUUUGCAAAAGAAAACGAGAAGAAGUUGAAAGAAUUUGGUAUGCUCGGAAGGUAUGAAGAUAGUAAGAAAUUUUUACAAGAUAAUCCCCAGUUAGUAUGCGAAAAUACUGCAAAUUACUUGGUUAUCUGGUGUAUUAACCUAGAAAUAGAAGAAAAACAUGAUCUAAUGGAACACGUUGCGCAUCAAUGUAUAUGUAUGCAAUAUAUUUUAGAAUUAUCAAAACAACUAGAUGUUGAUCCAAGAGCAUGUGUAGGUUCCUUCUUUAGUCGUAUUCAAAAUGCUGAGUUAGAACAUAGAAAUUCUUUCGAAGAUGAAUUGAGAGCAUUUAAAGAAAGAAUACGUAAAAGAGCUGUUGAAAAAGUAGCAGAUGCCCUUAAAGAAGCUGAGGAAGAGGAGAAAAAAGCGCGUCGAGGUCCAGGUGGUCUUGACCCGCUUGAAGUAUUUGAAAGUCUACCAGAGCCUCUACAAAAAUGCUUUGAAACCCAAGAUCAUGCUUUAUUGCAAGAAACGUUAGCAGUGAUGCCACGAAAAGAAGCAUUCUAUCACAUGAAACGAUGUGUUGAUAGUGGUCUUUGGUUACCAGAUGCAAUAGCUAAAGAAUUGAUAGAGGCAGGAGUAACUGCGGAUGAUGCAGAGGCUAAAGAAUUGAUAGAGGGAGGAGUAGCUGCAGACAAUGCAGAAGCUAAAGAUUUGAUAGAGGAAGGAGUAACUGCGGACGAUGUAGAAGAAACCUCGGCGGCCAAUCCUGAAUAACGCGUGUCUGUAAAUUACAUAUGUUGACUUUCAUGACUCAUUUAUGCAAGUAUAUAUAUAUAUAUAUAUAUAUAUAUAUUCUUUAGUAUCGUGAAUAUGUUAUAAUAAAAUAUUGUCAUUAGACAAUGAAUACAACAUUCUUAUCUUCGUUGUCUUUUUCUUAUUAUAAUAAUAUUAUACUAUGGUUAUGCCUUGAAUUACUUUAAGACUGAAUUGUCACAUAAUUUCGAGUUAUUAUAGGAGGUGUGAAUAUUGCAAUUUGUUAAUUAAACAUGAUAAUUAUCUAGUAAAACGUGAUGCACUUUAUCUUAUAUUUAAAUUGAAUAAUUAAAGGUUACUUCUGAUAUGAAUAUUUACAAAUAUUAAUAUUUAUAUGUACUAAUGCAUGUAGAAUGCAUAUAUACACAUGUAUAUAUAUGUGUGUGUGUGUGUGUGUAUAUAUAUAUAUAUAUAUAUAUGUCGUAGAAUGGUCACAAGCAGGGUUGUGAGCGUUCGGUGGAUCUUCCUUGGAAUUGGCCAUCGUUGUGGUGUCGCGCGGAUACGGUCUGCUCGCACGCGAAUGAACACUCCCGACGCGACAAUCAACAGCAGCGGUGUAUAACUUGUAGUGCUAACGACGCUGGUCUUAGGUCCGGUAACGAAUCCGCGGUCAACGGGAUGAGAGAUAGACUUGCCCUAGCUCAAACGUGUACUACUCGCGGAUCAAGCGGUGCUAGUCCCUUCGUCGAUGAGGUCUCCAGAAGGAAUGAAUCUUCGUCCCAACGUCGCCACCGACACAACCUCUGGUGGGGUGUCUAGGUACGCCAGCUCCUCCGAUCGGCGUCGCUGUCGAUUGGUCGAUUUGGGACAAAAGCUGCCUGUCCGUUUGCAAAAAUCUUAAUUGCCUAAAAAACCCAGGUUUUAUAGCGGGUCCCCGGACUGGCUGGACUUGUGCUGUGUACGUGCCUCAACAUCUGGUAUUCCUCAUCAUCUGGUAUACCUCUAUGGGUAUUUCUUUUAAUGAGAGUCAUACUAUAACUCCACGCCUUCGUUAGACGAAACGCCCGUCCCGUUGACCGCGGCUACGUUCGGCGACUGAUGGUCGCCUUGAGCCCAAGUUUAUUAUCGUAAAUCGCAAACAGGUAGGAUUGGGUAGAGUGACGACAAAUCAAGGAAGGCUCCGGUGACCUUUCACCUCCGACAUAUAUAUAUAAAUCAUAAUUUGUUGCGUUACUUAAACAUUUUUUAUCUUUUUCUUGGAAUUAUGUCAUAUGUAUAUUGAAAACUGUAAACAACCUAAAGUUGUAAUGUAAAUAAAGAAAAUACAUUUCACUGUC